CCAUUUUCCAAGAACUACACAUCUCCGGGAGAUCUCUCGGUACAAACCCGUCACUCCAAGAGGGAAGGGGCAACUAGCGCACAAGAUACGGGCACAACAGGAAGGGGCAGCUCCACUGAGGCAGUGACGCUGGAUGGGUAAGCCUAGAGGGAAGGGCGAGAAACAGAUCGAAGCCGCGAGCAACGACGACGAUGGCAGCGGCGGCGAGGAGGUGGCCAUGGCUCCAGCCACCAAGAGGAGGGGACGGCCUCAGAAGCCUCUCGGAAAUGACGCUGACGAAGUGGAGAACAUCGCCGCCGAGGUCGUGGAGGACGGAGAUGGCAUCAAACCGGUUGUGCCGAGCAAGGACUCCAAGGGCUCAGCUGAGAGUGGAGGGAAGAAGAAGCGGCGGCGGAGGCGGCUGAAGCGCAGCUCCGACGACUCGGCGGAGGAUGAAGACGAGAAUGACCAUGUGGAGCGGAAAUCGAAUGGGUUCCGGCCGAAUGGAAGCCGGCGGAAGAGCACUCCCCGGCGAGCUGCCGAGGCUGGAGUGGAAUGCAAUAGCCGUGAGCAUUGAGCUACUACUAGUAUUUUUUCU